AUGGCCCGAUGCCUGCACCAUUACUUCCAAAGCCAUAAAAUAGUGGUAAGAAUAGACAACCCCAUAGCCAAGGUUUUACGCAAACCCGAGCUGGAAGGCAGGAUGGUAGCGUGGUCGAUUGAACUGUCACAGUACGACAUUCGUUUCGAAUCAAGGGGCCCUAUCAAAGCUCAAAGCAUGGCUGACUUCUUAAAUGAGUUCCAUCCCGAAACACCCUCGAAAAAAACUACAUGGACACUACAUGUAGAUGGAUCAUCAAUCCUACAAGGCAGUGGAACCGGAAUUAUACUUGAAGGACCGGACAACAUGGUGAUAGAACAAUCACUACGAUUCAACUUCAAAACUUUCAACAAUCAAGCCGAGUAUGAAGCCCUGUUAGCUGGUUUGUGUCUAGUGAGUGAUUUAGGGGUGGCAAGGGUUAAAUGUUGGAGUGACUCUCAAGUAGUCACGGAGCAGAUCAACGACACAUUUCAGAUAAAAGAACCAACAUUGCUUCGAUAUUUCCACGCUUUUCAAAAGCUUAAGUCUACCUUUAAAGAAGUUCACAUAUACCAUACCCCUAGAGAACUCAACAUGAGGGUUGACCGAUUGGCAAAGCUGGCAAGUAGUAAGAAAAUGAACCAACUCCGUAGCGUGAUACAACAAGAACUUCAAAGUCCAAGCAUUGUAGAGCCAGAGUGCCUACAAAUCCAACAAGGGGAUAAAAAUUGGAUGACCAACAUCAUCAAUUAUCUGUUGACAGGAGAAUCACCAACCGACCCCCUCGAAGCCCAAAAGAUAAGAAAAAUAGCCACACGAUACACUCUCAUAUCAGGCGAGCUAUACAAAAGAGGCGUCUCAUCCCCACUCCUGAAAUGUCUGACUCCCGACCAAGCUCAGUACAUCCUCCACGAAAUCCAUGAAGGCAUAUGCGAAACCCACUCAGGAGGACGAACCAUGGCAGCCAAAGUUCUCCGCGCUAGGUACUAUUGGCCAACUCUUACAGCGGAUUGUGCAAAUUUUACUCAACAAUGCAAGCCAUGCCAACAACAUGGACUGCUAGUGCACCAACCUGCAGAGGAAUUGCAUUUCAUCACAGCACCAUGGCCUUUUUCUAUUUGGGGAAUGAAUAUUCUAGGACCGUUCCCGCCAGCGAAAGGACAAGUGAAGUUCCUAAUAGUAGCGAUCGACCACUUCACCAAGUGGAUUGAAGUAGAGGCAGUGGCCACCAUUACAGCCAACAACGUUCAAAAGUUUUUAUGGAAAAAUAUUAUCACCCGCUUUGGAGUCCCAUAUGCUAUGAUCACGGAUAAUGCCUUGCAAUUCACAGACCGUCGUCUUAAUGAAUUCCUGGAAGGACUACAGAUCAGGCAUAGGAUGACGUCAGUAGAACAUCCCCAAACCAACGGUCAAGCAGAGGUAGCGAAUAAGGUCGUUCUGAAAGAAUUGAAGAGACGUCUUGGGCAGGCCAAAGGUUCAUGGCCUGAUCAAUUACCCGAAAUCCUGUGGGCCUACCGUUGCACGCCUCAAAGUUCCACUAAAGAGACCCCAUUUCGACUAGCAUAUGCUAGACGAACAAAAGCAUUCCCUCCCGAGCACCACUACUCGGCCAAGGACGCAAAAUCAUUCCCUCCUGAGCACCACUGCUCGACCAAGGACGCAAAAUCAUUCCCUCCCGAGCACCACUGCUCGGUCAAGGACGCAAAAAUCAUUCUCUCCCAAGCACCACUAUUCGAUCAAGGACGAAAAAAUCAUUCCCUCCCGAGCAUCACUGCUCGGCCAAGGACGCAAAAAGCAUUCCCUCCCGAGCAUCACUGCUCGGCCAAGGACGCAAAAAGCAUUCCCUCCCGAGCAUCACUGCUCGGCCAAGGACGCAAAAAGCAUUCCCUCCCGAGCAUCACUGCUCGGCCAAGGACGCAAAACCAUUCCCUCCCGAGAAUCACUGCUCGGCCAAAGACGCAAAACCAUUCCCUCCCGAGCAUCACUGCUCGGCCAAGGACGCAAAAAGCAUUCCCUCCCGAGCAUCACUGCUCGGCCAAGGACGCAAAAGCAUUCCUUCCCGAGCACCACUGCUCGGCCAAGGAUGCAAAAGCAUUCCCUCCCGAGCACAAUUGCUCGGUCAAGGAUGAUUGA